UUCUUCUGUGGACUACAACCUGACUGCUGUCGACCGCUUCCGGGUGACGUUGGCGCGAUGACGUCAGCGCGACAUCAACAACAACGUUCGGUGUUGAGGCUAGCGGCUGCUGAAGUUUGUAACGGCCGACCCUAAAAAACAUGGCAAAGAAAGCGGAGGUCUCCGGGAAGGAAUGGCUGUAAUUAUGUGAAAUAAACCCAUUUCUGCGCUCCAUCCUUAGAUCUUGAUCUGUUUCCACCAUGUCGUCCCGUGUGUUGCUGCGGCAGCAGCUGAUGCGAGAACAAGCUCAGGAGCAGGAGAGGCGUGAGGCCCAGCAGCAGGCCUCUGCCUCUCAGCUCCGAGCCUCUGAUUCCACGCCAGCCAUCUCCGUCACUCUGCCACCCAAUGCUGCUCGUCCUCCGCCAGCACAGGUGCCUGUGGAGGUGCUAAAGGUGCAGACCCACUUGGAGAACCCCACCAAGUACCACAUCCAGCAGGCCCAGAGGCAGCAGGUCAAGCAGUACCUCUCCACCACUUUGGGGAACAAGGCGGUCACCCAGUCCCUCGGCGUCUCCCCGGUGCACCAGUCCAGUUCGGCCCCUGAAGUCGGCCCUUCUGCCAGCAGCGCCCCCAACAGUCCCAUGGCUCUGCUCAACAUCGGCUCCAACAAGGAGGAAAUUGAUGACGUGAUCGACGACAUCAUCAGCCUCGAAUCCAGCUUCAACGACGAAAUCAUUACUCUGAUCGAUUCGGGUCUCCAGUUGCCCAGCACGCUCCCGGGAAAUCUGCUGGAUGUUUACCACAGCCCUGGAAUGGCAGGUCCUACUCUCACCGUUAGCAACUCCUGCCCUGCUGACCUUCCACAGAUUAAAAGGGAAAUUACUGACGCAGACACCAAAGCAUUUUUGAAAGAGCGGCAGAAGAAAGACAACCAUAACCUCAUUGAGCGGAGGCGACGAUUCAACAUAAACGACCGAAUUAAGGAGCUGGGUACCCUGAUCCCCAAGUCCAGUGACCCAGAGACGCGUUGGAAUAAAGGCACCAUCCUGAAGGCUUCUGUGGACUACAUCAGGAAGUUGCAGAAGGAGCAACAGAGAGCCAAGGAUAUCGAAGUGCGGCAGAAGAAGUUGGAGCAGGCCAACCACAUCCUAAUGUUACGCAUCCAGGAACUUGAAAUGCAGGCUCGGCUCCACGGACUCCCAGCCGCCAACAACAUUUCCUCUGCUUUGAAUCCCAACGUCUCCCAGCAGCAGCAGCAGCAGCAGCAUCAUCAGGCAGCUCCCCACGGCGGCCAGCCGUUGCCCACGAACACGGCAGCAGCCUCCACCCUGAGCCUCUCCAGCCUGGGAGCCGCAGCGCAGCCGCUGCCGGCCUCCUUCCUGUCCCCGCCCUCCUCGGACUCCCCCGCCGGAGUCACCCUCAGCAGCCCGCUGGACCUCGGCAGCCUGAGCUUCGCCGAGCUGGACGACCCCACCGCCUCGGCGCUCUACCCGGACGUCGGCCUGGGGGACAUCCUCAUGGACGACGGGUGCGCCCUGUCCCCCGAGAGGAUGGGCGAGCCGCUGUUUUCUCCUCUGUCACCAGGUGCCUCUAAAACCAGCAGCCGCCGGAGCAGCCUUGACAUGGACGAGGACUUGUGAUGCGUUCCCGAGCGACCAGAGAUGGUCUGCAGGCGCCGAGAACGUCUAUCCCUAAAAAACUAAAGUCUAUUUAUAGGAUCGAGCCUAAACGUUUUUAAAGCUAUCAUGAAAACUAACUUAAUAUCGAAUCAGAAGGCUAGUUAUUGGACAUUUUUGCCAUAUUGUUCCUAUUUGGAACCGAUCAAAUGAUUGUCUAAAUAUAUAAAUGCAAUCUUUAUUGAAUAGAAUAUUGUAUAUUAGAGACGUGGACCUAUAGCAUUAUUAAAUGUAACAUUCUUCAAUAUUUUUUAAAGAUUAAUUCAGAGAUUUAAGAGGGAUGUUUUUUUUUUUCUUUUUUUGUUUUUUUUCCCUAAAUGUAUCUAUUAUAAAGAGAAAAGCUGUGAGGAUUUACUGGCAUAGCAAACUUACUGAGAGAUGCCAACAUUCAGUAUGAUUUUUUCAGUUUUCGUUUUCUUUAACUGACUGGAAUCAGGGUUGGCCGGCGGCUCCUCCACGUCGGUCGUCUCACCAGCAGCUACAGAAGGGAUCUUUGUUCAGUGAAUUGGCACAUUGUGAAAUAUUUACUGCAUAUUGUAUAUAAGAGUAUUUUAUUUUGAGCAAUUUUAUUGCACCUUACUUUUAAGGCAGUCUAUGCAUUUUAUGAGAGCUUUUUGUCCGUUUUUUUUUUUUUUUUUGGUACCAUUACACCCAGUGGACUGCUUCUAGCCCAGGUCGCACGUUCUUGUGAUAAUAAACCCCGAUCAGCAGCUACUUAGCCAAAGCAGGAAUUCUUCCAGAGUAGCUACAGAUUCACUUCUUUUUUGUUUGUUUUUUAGUUUUUUAGUUAGUUUACUUAGUGAAUGCACGAGUGUCUAAGAGAACAAUUUUAUCAUUUUCCAACAGUACUGUAGAUCAUUAUACCUUUUUUUUUAUACCUGAUAGUUUGAUAAAUGCUUUUUCAUGACUAAUCUCUUGUGUUGUCUUCUCCUUUUAAUCUUCUGUGAUUACCGAGUGACUUUUACCAGUUGGCAUGUUUGAGUCAGAUCGUUUGAUUUUUUUUUUUUUUUUUUUUGGAUGAUCUGAUAUAAUUUGUGAUCAUGCAUUAAUGCUCGUUGUGGUAUGGACUUCAGAGGGCUCCUCUUUAAACAACAAACACUAGUCUCCACCCCUUAGAAAAAAAAAUGGAUAACUGGGUGGAACCUGCAGGUCGACAUUUCGGUAAAACAGGCACACAAAUAAAGAAUUGUAAUUCAUUUGUCAGAUGCUUAACACAAUCUUGUAUGCAGCCAAUGUUUUUUUUUUUUUUUUUUUAAUCUUUCUGUCCAACACGCGGUUCCAGCAGCGCCGCCCAUCUGUUUGUAGCUCCACGUUUACAGUGAUGUUGAUGUUUAAGGUGUUGGUUCGAAACCCGGAGCUACUUCUACUGAAAGCUGGCCCACGCCAAAAGCACACCGCCCCCUAAUUUCGUUGUUAUCCACCCCCGUGUCCUGUCCUGUCCUGACAGAUGUCUGUUAAAGCACCAACACGCGUGUGUCCUUGUCCUCGUCGUUUUGGCUUCUGUUCACAUCUGACCCGAAUAAACGACUUUCAGCAA